AUCCGCGUUAUGCACGAGGUUCUAUGGCCUCUUGGAUGCUUAUUUCCGAUGAAUCUCGCGAGUACAAAACAAAUUUAGCGGCAAAACAGCUGAUUCGUGGAACAAGAACAGUAAACUGUGUAUUUUCUACCAUCAACUUUGUCGCUUAAUUGCAGUUUAUCGUGAAUUGUCUCGGAGAAAAAUACGAUAAACUUGAUUAGAAAUAUCGCUUUCUUUUCGUAUGAACUUUUUUAAAAUGUUGUGGUUGUUUCAUAUGGGAGGGGUCAUUGAAAAAUUGGAUGUUUAUUGAAAACAUUAUAUAUUUUGCGUGAAACACAACACUACCAGAAGAAAUAAAACAAAAAGAACCAAGGACAACAACAAUAAUAAAAUAAAAUAAUAACAAUUAUUGCGUAAUUUGUGCCUACGAACACCCAGCGUGAUGUUUUGGUCGGUGAACAUUGUUAUUAUAAGUAAUUUUACACUUUGUGUAUGAUUAUGUUGACUGCAAAUAGGAUUUGGUGACACAGAAGAGGCAUGGCGCUAAGUUUAUCAAUGUCCCCUCUAAGAAGACGCCACUGUUUACUGGUACUCGGUUUUGUGGUAUUUGUGCCGUUUUGCUUCUUUGUACUAUUUUCUGUACCAGAUGUAACCUCCGAACAAAUUCUGGUCCAACGUAUCGCCGAACUCCAAGUAAAACUCCAAUAUCUGGAUUCGAUCUACCGGUCGAGGCAAGAGGACCUACGGAAACUCUCCGAACACAUCGACUUGCUUUCCAUGCCUCCGAGCUCCGGGGACAAUACCUCGUUUAUAACUUCCGCUUUUCUCGAACUCCGACCGGAAAUUAAGCAAAUGAUUAAAAACAUGUCCGGCAUGGCUGCGGCGCAAGGUGUUAAUCCGCCCGUCAUGCUCAGAAUGCCCAGUUCCUAUCAUUUUCUUCCGCAUCUACUGGAUGAUCCUACUAGUUUAAGGUUGGCCUAUUUAUUGUCCAAAGGACGCAUUGGCGUAUCGAUGGUUUUAGGCGUACCAACAGUGAAACGUGAAAAACAAAACUAUUUAAUGGAUACUUUGCAAAACUUAAUAGAUGGCAUGACUAUUGAAGAAGCUAAUGAUUCGUUAAUUGUUGUAUUUGUGGCAGAGACUGAUUUAGAAUACGUGCUGCAAGUUGCCAAAGAAAUUGAACUAAGGUUUCCAUCCUACAUAGAAUCAGGCCUACUAGAAGUUUUAGCGCCUUCGGCAGCCUAUUAUCCCGAUUUCGAAAAAUUGAAAAUCACCUUAGGAGAUUCACCGGAACGAGUCAAGUGGCGGACCAAGCAAAAUUUGGACUUUGCAUUUUUAAUGUCAUAUUCGCAAUCUAAAGGGACAUUUUACGUGCAACUGGAAGACGAUAUACUGGCACGACAUCAAUACGUGACUGAAAUGAGAAACUUUGCCAUUGAAAAGACUUCGAAGAAGGAACCAUGGUUUGUCUUGGAUUUUUGCCAGUUAGGUUUUAUUGGAAAAAUGUUCAAAAGUGCAGAAUUGCCUUGGCUGAUAACGUUCUUCCAAAUGUUUUACAACGAUAAACCUGUUGACUGGCUACUAGAUCAUCUUUUGUACACAAAAGUUUGCAACUAUGAAAAAAAUAACGAUAUCUGUAAACGCGAAAAGGCCAAAAUGUGGAUCCAUUACAAGCCAUCGUUAUUUCAACAUAUUGGAACGCAUUCGUCACUGAAAGGGAAAGUACAAAAAUUAAAGGAUAAACAAUUUGGAAAGGUGGCUCUAUUUUUUCCGCACAGUAAUCCAGAAGCUGAAAUUACCGCCGGAAUUAAGCAUUACAAACAGUAUACGUUAAAAAGGGCUUAUUUGGGUGAAACGUUUUUUUGGGGAUUACUUCCACAGCCUGGUGAUCAGUUGGUAUUUAAAUUUUUAACGCCUAUUCCAGUUAAAAGAUAUUAUUUUAAAAGUGGUAACGCUGAACAUCCAUCUGAUAAAUUUUACAAUACAACAGUUGAAGUGUUGCCAGUAGAAGCUCCAAGCUUUUUUUCUCUGACAUCAGCUUCAAAUCUAACGUCUGAUGGAUAUGUGAUAGUUGGUAAGUUUGAUAGCGCUGGAAUAGCAACAGGAACCGUGGACGAUAAUUUCGGGAAAAUACAAGCUCUAAGACUUCACGUGCACUCCGACAGUGAAAAUUGGGCAAUUCUCAGCGAGAUCCAUAUUCAAGAUGAACUCGCUACGAGGUGACCUAAAGUGACCAAAAAAUCCACUUUUCCCUUCAUCCAUCAUGUGUCUCAAGGGCACAAUUCUGAACGCUCCGCGUCAACAAAUCUGUGAUAGUUUUUGAGGAAACCCCUUUUUAAAGAUUAUUUUAUUAUUAAUUAAGUAUUAAUUUUAUAUGUGUUUUAAGUUUUACUAAUUUUUGUUUUAUAUAGUGUUUAUAUAGUAUAAUAUUUCUUAUUAAUCAAAUAAACGAAGGUUCUUUCUAGGGCAUCAAACAAAAAAAAAAACAAUUCAGAAAAUUAAAAUUUGAAAUUGAAUUGGCACCUAAAUAUAAAAUAAUAUUAUAUUGACAAUAAUGUUUGUUUAACUAAUUUAUUUAUUUUUUAUUUUUUUCUUUUCUAAUAAUUCUACUUUGAAUAAAAUCAAUUUGUUUGGCUGAAAUUACUGUUAAAUAAUUUGUAAAUAUAAUAAAAUACAUAUAUUCAGGCCUAUGAUGUAUCCUGUCCUGUUAUUUUAACGGCUGUGUUGAGGCUCAACAUCUAUUUGUGUCUCAGUUUUGACGUAUAGAAUAAACAGUGACAGAUAACUUCACGUUGCUGUUAAAAUAACAGAAGAUGAUACAUCAUAGGCCUGAUUUUGUAGUUAUAGGAACUGAUAACGGAAGCUAUGAUAGUUGCGUGCAUAAUUAAGUUAAAACAAAUCAAUAAAUAUCGAAUACUAAAACUAAAAAAGUAUUAUAGAAUAAUGGGGAAUUUAAAAAAUGAUACUGAACAGGAUAAUCGAAACUUAGGUUAUCAAAUAUAUAAUUUUUUUUUUCUUUUUUGGAAAAUUAAUUAGAAGCAGUUAAUCAAAAUUCCAAUUAAGUACCUACUACUUAUAUUCGUUUAUUCUUUUAUGACUUCUCAUAAUGGAAUUAUCCAGUUCAAUAUCACAAUGUAUAAUAUUAUUGUACUAUUUUAAUAUUUUAAAAUAAGACUGAAUGUUAGAAAAUCAAACGAUUUGUAAUAAAAUAGUAGCAGCUUGUUAAUACGAUAUAAUAAUAUAUGCAUCACCCAAGAAUAUUUUUUUAUCCUUCUCUCUGUCAGGGACCAUUUAACUAUUUAAAUUUAAUUUAAAACUAUAGGUAUGCUCUUUUGCAACUAAAUAUAAAAGCCUUAAAUUGAUUGUUGAAUUAUUUUUUUUUGUGGCUAAAUAAACAAAUUGACUGAAAUAAAACUAAUGGAAUUGGCAAAGGGUAUUUUAGAAAAUAAAUUCGUUUGUUGCUAAUUGAAAGUUAAACAACUAAUAAUUAAAAUGUAAAUAAUAUUAUAUUUGAACGAAUAUUUUAUAAUAUAAGUAAUGCAGUAUUAAAUACUUGAUGAUGAGCUAAGCAACUAAAAAACUAUUCUUUAAAUCUAUAUACUUACGUACCUAGUAUAUAGAAAAGUAUGAAUUUUAGGACAGCGAUAACUGAAAUUACAAAAUACUCUGAAAAUAUCUCGACACUUUACCUUUAUUUGCUACGCUCAGAAACCAAAAUAUAUCUAAUUUUGAUAAAAAUAAGGAAUAUCUCAAUAUUAUCCGAUGAUAUUAUCUAAGUAUAGUCAUUGCAUUAACUUGUAUAAGUAGAUAUUAUUGAAUGUAUAAAAAUUGUUGACAUUGUGUAUUUAAAAUGUUAUAAGCAUUAUUGUUUGUUUAUUGUUAUUGUUGUAAAUUAAUUUUUUUGAUUACAUUUUUUUUUUGUUAUUUCUAAUAUUAAUAAAAAUGUCUUUAAUAAUCUUGAUUGUGUUUUAUUUUAUAGGAAUAAUAUUGUAGCAUCCGAGCUAAGUAGGUACUCUAUUAUUUAGGUUAGAUGGUAAAUUGCGAGCGGUCGUAUUACUCGUAUUUGAUAGUAAUUAUUUCCUUGCUACUGUAAAAUAAAAUUGUGGGGGCGGGUCUAUUUUCAAGUGAGAGAAACAACUGUAGUUCGGUUAUCUUUUAAUAAAUAUACUUUAUUUGAGAAAAUAAACAGAGCUUUACCAAAAUACAAUGGUACAAUUUUUAUACCCUAAUUCAGCACCUCUAUCCUAUCUCUGAGCUUGUAAAUAAAAUGUUACAAUCGAAAGCCUUGCACUUGAAGAACUCUUUUAUAAAGAACUACUCCAUUAGGUUACAAUACUUCCAACUAA